CCAAUGCGGGGGGCUCUCGGACCCCAAGGACCCGCGGCCCCCCCCGCUCUAUAAAUUCCUCUCCAAAAUGCAGCGCAGCUCCUUUCUCCCGUCCCGCCCGGUCGCGCUGCUCCGCGCCCCGCGCAGCUGCCCGCGGGUCUCCGGCCCUGCUCCGCGCUCCGCUCCUCCCCCCUCCCCCCCCCUUUUUUUUUUCCUUUUUUUUUUUUUUUCUCCCCCCUCCCCUUUCCCCUCUCCCCGUUUUUCUCCUCCUUCCCUCCCCGCGCCCCGUUUGCAUGCAUUGUCUGUCUCCCAAGAUGGUUUGUGAGACCAAGAUCGUGGCGGAAGACCAUGACUCAAUCCCGGGAGCCAAAAAAGACACCAUCAUUGUUUCUUCCUCCCAAAUGUGGCCCACCCUCUCGGGCUCCCCCUCCUCCCCCCCUGCUCCCCUCGGUACCCCCAAAGAAGAACCCAAACGCGACAACGUCUACAUCCGCGAAUUCCACCCUUCCGAACAGGAGGUGGUGCGCCGCAUUUUCUACGAAGGUAUCAUGGAGCGGAUCCCCAACACGGCGUUCAGGGGGUUAAAGCAGCAGCCCCUCACCCAGCUGCUCUACGCUCUGAUGGCGGUAAUGUGCUUUGUUGUGACCAAGUCCUUCCUGCUGACCUGCUGCUUGCCCAUCUUUCUGAUGGGCAUGAGGUACUACUUCAGCAGAAAAGUUAUCCUCCACUAUCUCGAUUGCGCGCUGCAUACGGACAUGUCUGAUAUCGAGCAAUAUUACAUGAAACCGCCAGGCUCCUGCUUCUGGGUGGCUGUCCUGGAUGGCAACGUGGUGGGGAUCGUGGCAGCGCGUGGCAACGAGGAGGACAACACGGUGGAGCUGCGCCGCAUGUCUGUCGACUCCAACUACCGUGGCAAGGGGAUCGCCAAGGCCCUGGGCCGCAAGGUGCUGGAGUUUGCCAUGCUCAACAACUACUCCUCCGUCGUACUGGGGACCACAGCCGUGAAGAUGGCGGCCCACAAGCUCUACGAGUCCUUGGGCUUCAAGCACGUGGGUGUGGUUGAACAUUACGCGCUCCCGGGGAUGACUCACUCCUUGCUGGAGAGAAUGUUCUUCCAGCUUCGCUACCACCGCUACCGCCUGCAGCUCCGCGAAGAAUAA